GAUCAUGGUUCGUUUUCUUAGAUAUUUUUGCAGCAUUGUAGCUGUAAUAUGUGCUGUUUCUUUUGCAAGUGGUCAAGGAGGCUGCAGUAUUGGUCAUGUCUAUAAUCCUGAGACACAGAGGCACAUCUCUAAUAUUCCCACAGGCUGGUAUCUUAAUCUUGAUAGUCCCCUGAGCUGCUCUGGUAGGCUUAGCACUCUUUUGGUUAGAUUCUACCAGUCUCUCAACAGUGGGCAUUAUUGCAUACCUUGGGCAUUCUGGAAACCACUAGAAAAUGACACCUAUAAGCGAGUACCAAACUCUGAUGGUUCAUAUUACCAGUAUUUUGAUGAAGCAGAUGAUGAUAGUAAAUACAUCAUGCAUGUAUCUAUAUAUCUAGUACAUGCAUAUCUUUAAAUUACUGCUUGUUAAUGGAUCAAUUUGGAUAAAAUGACUUUGUUCAGUUCUGCUUUUUUGAGGCUUUUUCUGGUGUUUUAGAGGGCAUUUACAACUAAUUUCUUAGAUAUUUUAGGUAAGAAAUUAUAUUUAAUAAUUUUAAGUCAUAUGACAUGCUUAAUUAAUAUUUCAAUGAAUUAAUUAAUA